GUCAACCUUGCUUUGCCGUUCGCGAACUCCGGGCUGGCCGGCCAUCGGAAAGGACCUCUCUCUCCCCUACCGGAGUCGCGGGAAUCCAACAACCCGCGGCGAGAGCGAGCGAGCGAGCAGUAAUAUACCAAACCCAGACCAAGCCAACACCCAACGCGCGCCAUCGCAUAUAUACCGUCCGUGCGUGCUCCCACUUCCAACUUACAACUUACGCGCGCUGCCUUCGUCUCCACGACGGCGCGCGACCACCUCCUCCUACCCCCAUCCUUCUCGCUCACAAGAAUUAGUCUCGCCAGCUAGCUCGCCGCCGGAGAUGGCAGACUCGUCGCCGCUUCUGUCGGCGGAGGAGAAACCGGAGCUGCGCCACGGCGAUGUGUUCGUGAUCGCCCUCCCGGACCACCACGACCACGCACACGACGGGCCGUCGCCGUCCAGGGGGACCGCUGCGUGGAGGGCGGUGAUGGUGCUCGCGGCGCUCGCGCUGGCUGGGCACUGCUACCGCCUGCACUACUACUCCCCCGAGGUGGCCGCCCGGCUCUGGGGGGGAGGCUGGAGAUGGAGCGCGGAGGGCGCCUCGUCGUCGUCCUUCCUGCUGCCGCUCUACCCCAAGAAGGCCGGCGCCGGCGACGGCGUCAAGGCUUCCACGCCGGCGGUCCCGGAGAGGCGGUACUACACUUCGAUAAACAUCGGCAAUCCUGCGAGACCCUACUUUCUCGACGUUGACACCGGGACUGACCUGACAUGGAUCCAGUGCGACACACCGUGCACCAACUGCACAAAGGGGCCUCAUCCUUUGUAUAAGCCUUUGGAAGGGAACAUGGUUCACCCCAAGGACUCACUAUGCCAGGAACUGCAAGGCAACCAGAAUUACUGCGACACUUGCAAACAAUGUGAAUACGAGAUCGCAUAUGCGGAUCGAAGCUCCUCUGCCGGCGUGCUUGCAAGAGAUAGUAUGCAACUGAUCACUGCAGAUGCUGAAAGGGAAAAUGUGCCCUUUGUGUUCGGGUGUGCAUAUGACCAGCAAGGAAAGCUUUUGGACUCAACAGCAGGUACUGAUGGAGUCCUUGGCCUUAGCAAUGGGGCAAUAAGCCUUCCUACCCAGCUGGCCAACCAAGGGAUUAUUUCCAAUGUUUUUGGCCAUUGUAUCCCUGCGAAUCCCACAAGUAGUGGCUAUAUGUUCCUUGGUGACGAGUACAUUCCCAGAUGGGGAAUGACAUGGGUUCCCAUCCGGAAUGGUCCAGAGAACGUGUACAGCACAGUAGUCCAGAAAGUAAACUAUGGGGGUCAGGAGCUUAAUGUGCGGCGGCAGGCAGGGAAACUGACUCAGGUGAUCUUUGAUAGCGGGAGCUCGUACACCUAUUUCCCACGUGAAAUAUACAGAAACCUGAUUGCUUCGCUUGAAGACGUCUCGCCAGGAUUUGUACAUGAUGAUUCAGAUCAAACACUACCUUUCUGCAUGAAACCUAAUUUCCCAGUGAGGUCUGUAGAUGAUGUGAAGGAACUGUUCAAGCCCUUGGAACUGCAAUUCCGGAAAAGAUGGUUCGUGAUCCCAAGAACAUUCACAAUUUCUCCUGAAAACUAUUUGAUCAUCAGUGAGAAAGGAAAUGUCUGCCUAGGGGUGCUUGAUGGAACAGAGAUUGGCCACAGAUCAACAAUAAUAAUUGGAGACGCCUCUCUCCGUGGGAAGUUGGUUGUGUAUGACAAUGACGAGAAUCAGAUGGGAUGGGUUCAGUCGGACUGCACCAGGCCACAGAAAGAAAGCAGAGUUCCUUCCUUCCUUUCAAGAGCAUUGCACAGUCAACUUCUUUAAAUGUCACAGACAGAUCACAAGCGAAUUCGUCUGACCAUGCACAGAUGUGCUCGUCUUCUCGACUCGCAAUUCUGCAUCUGAAGUUGCCAUAAUCAUAUAAUGGAUAUAGUUAAACAGGGGAUAGGAAAACAAAAAGGAAAGAGAGGUGAAUAUAUAUAGCCUGUAGCUUAGUACCUUUAAUUUUUCUCUUAUGUAUAUAUACCAGAGAAGUGGAGUUAUGUACACCUGUAUGUUGUAGAGUAUAUCUCAUCCACUUGUAAGACUAAGGGGUGAAGCAUAUCAAUGAAAAUUGAGUAGAAAUGUGAUUGCUGA